UCCUCCUCUUCCUCCUCAUCGCCCUCUAUACUGGUUUCAGACAGUUCAGAGGAAGAAGAGUUUGCUGCUGAGAAUCUGAGUCCUCCUCAUAUUUCUUCGAGCAUCUGCUCCUCUUCCAUUUCAUGGAGCAUAUCAGAUGAAGAGCCCAACAACCAAAAAGUGGAGGAGAGUUUAAGCUCUCUGCAAUCCUUAAUCAACACUGAAUAUUUUCUCAAAGAUCCACUAGAAGAAAAGGUGACUGAUUUGGUGCAUUUCCUGAUUGUCAAGUAUAGAUCAAAGGAGCCCAUCACAAAAGAGGAAAUGCUCCAGGUUGUGGCCCAAAGUAAUAGCCAAUUCCCUGUGAUUUUAAAUAAAGCAUCUAAAUGCUUGCAGGUGAUCUUUGGCAUUGAUGUGGAGGAAGUGGACCUCGCUGGCCACUCCUAUGCCCUUGUCAACUCACUAAAUCUCACUUAUGAGAUGCUGGGUGUGGGUGACAACCCAAGCAUGCCUAAAAAUGGUCUCUUGAUAAUUGUCCUAGGUGUGAUAUUCAUAGAGGGUAACUGUGCCUCUGAGGAAAGCAUCUGGGAUUUCCUGAAUAUGAUGGGAUUGUAUGCUGGGAGUGAGCACUUCAUUUAUGGGGAGCCCAGAAAGCUCAUCACUGUGGAUUGGGUGCAGGAAAAUUAUCUGGAAUAUCGACAGGUGCCUUAUAGUGACCCUCCACACUAUGAAUUUUUGUGGGGUCCAAGAGCUCAUGCUGAAACCAGCAAGAUGAAAGUCCUAGAAUUUUUGGCCAGAGUCCAAGGGUCUGACCCCACUUCCUUCUCCAGCUGGUAUGAGGAGGCUUUGAUAGAUGAGCAAGAGAGAGCCCAGGCUGAGUUUAGCUCUGGAGACAGUGAUGCUUCCACUUCCACUGCAGAAUAUUGGUCAGAAGCUUCACCUCGCUCAGAUGAAUAA